GAUGAAUAGUGAUAAUAGAGUGUGGAAUUUCUAUUCCACCCACACAUUCUGUUUCCAAUACUAUAAGAAUCUCCCAUUUUGCACACAGUUUGUUUGUAAAAAGAUUGUAUAAGCCACAAUAGUCCAGUGAUGUGCACCAUUGUGGUUGCAAAAUUAAGAGCUUAUGUGUUUUUCUACAUAAGAUUUCAAACUUGAAUGAGCUUAAAGUUAUUUAACUUGGUUGGUGAAUCCAAUCAUAACAACGUCGAUAUUUUGGAGAUGGGAUCAACCACCAGUCACUGUUAAUGUAUUGAGCUAAAAGCAGACAUUAUCCUUUAUCUUCUUAGCAAUCAUUUUAUUUCUAAUAUCAAUAUACAAAUUUACUUUUGGCCAUUGAGAUGUGCUUACAGGACACGGGUGUUUCCCACUUCUGGCUUAAGUAUAAAGCGAAUGAGAUGGGGAGGUUGUAUCUCGCCCUGCUUGGCUCCACCCGAGUCUGUUCAGAGAGAGGGAGGGCUGUAGCGCUGCUGUUGCUGGAGAGCGCUUGACGAUCAUAGGACUUGUAGCGGAGCUGAAAAGAGUGGGGAAGAAGAGGAGCUAGGUGGCUUGUCCCUUAUCCGAACGCAUGCAGUCUAAUACUCGGAGCCGCCUAUUUGAGUUCUUAUCACAUGGCUUGAGACCUGGUAUGCCCCCAUCCAAUCGGAUGACUCCCCAGGGCCCUGCCAUGGGGCCCCCAGGCUAUGGUAACAGUCCGGUAUCACGGCCCGGCAUGCCCGGCGGGAUGGACCCUUCUCGGAAGCGUCCCGCUCCCCAGCAGAUCCAACCGGUGCAGCAGCAGAACCGGAACCAGCACACAAAGAAGAAGAAGAUGGCUGAUAAAAUUCUACCUCAAAGGAUCAGAGAGCUGGUGCCAGAGUCUCAAGCCUACAUGGAUCUGCUUGCCUUCGAGAGGAAGCUGGACCAGACCAUCAUGCGUAAGAGGCUAGACAUCCAGGAGGCACUCAAGAGGCCCAUUAAGCAAAAGAGAAAGCUGCGCAUUUUCAUUUCCAAUACAUUCAACCCUGCCAAGCCAGACGCUGAGGAUGGGGAGGGCACCGUGGCCUCCUGGGAGCUACGGGUGGAAGGGCGGCUGCUGGAGGACACGGCUGUGUCCAAGUAUGAAGCUACCAAGCAGAAGAGAAAGUUCUCCUCCUUCUUCAAGUCCCUGGUCAUCGAGUUGGACAAAGACCUGUAUGGGCCCGAUAACCACCUGGUUGAGUGGCACAGGACGGCCACCACACAGGAGACGGAUGGUUUCCAGGUGAAGAGGCCAGGGGAUGUGGGCGUCCGCUGCACCGUCCUGCUAAUGCUGGACUACCAGCCCCCACAGUUCAAGCUGGACCCCAGACUGGCUCGUAUGCUGGGGAUUCACACCCAGACCAGGCCCGUCAUCAUCCAGGCCCUCUGGCAGUACGUCAAGACCCACAAGCUCCAGGACCCCCACGAGCGCGAGUUCAUCAACUGUGACAAGUACCUGCAGCAGAUCUUUGAGACUCAACGCAUGAAGUUCUCUGAGAUCCCGCAGCGUCUACAUGCCCUCCUGAUGCCCCCAGAGCCAAUCAUCAUCAAUCAUGUCAUCAGUGUCGACCCCAAUGACCAAAAGAAGACUGCAUGCUACGACAUCGAUGUGGAGGUGGACGACACUCUGAAGACUCAGAUGAACUCCUUCCUGCUGUCUACUGCCAGCCAGCAGGAGAUAGCUGGACUGGAUAACAAGAUCCACGAGACCAUCGAGACUAUAAACCAGCUGAAGACCCAGAGGGAGUUCAUGCUGAGCUUCGCCAGGGACCCCCAGGGCUUCAUCAACGACUGGCUGCAGUCCCAGUGCAGGGACCUCAAGACCAUGACGGAUGUGGUGGGCAACCCAGAGGAGGAGCGGCGGGCCGAGUUCUACUUCCAGCCUUGGGCCCAGGAAGCCGUGUGCCGCUACUUCUACUCCAAGGUCCAGCAGAGGAGACAGGAGCUGGAGCAGGCUUUGGGCAUCAGGAACACCUAGGCUGUUGUUUUCUCUUGAUUCAGGUUUUUCCUCCAUUAUGGCCAGGCGUUAUACAUAGUAACAUUGUUGGGCUCUCAGUGAUUUGUGUGUGGUGGUGGGGGGACAACUGGUGGUUACUUUUUUUUUUUUUUUGGGGGGGGGGGUGCCUGGGGGGGUUAAAAGCUAGAAAGACAUGGACCACGGGUUGGAUGUUUCCAUCAAAUCAACCUAAUGCUGUAACUCCUAUCGAUAGUUGCUUGAGCCUGAUCCGGAAGCAUUGGUUUAUUUUAUAAUGGACUGUGUGCUUGUGUCGCACAACUUUUAAUACACCGGUUCCCACACAAGGUAUAUCCAGGUACAAUGAAUUAGUAGUGUGGUUCCUGUGUUUUCCCUGCUAUCACCCCCUUGCGAGUCAGCUGUACACGCCUCCGAGUAAGAACCGCCAGUUCCCCAUCCGGUAGUAUUGGUGGUGGUGGACACCUUUGUGAUUGAUGAUGCUACUACACUAUCAGAACGUCACCUGUCAUGACUUAUUACCUGAUAUGUGUAGAAAUACUUUUAGUUUUUCGUCCCUGAAUUCCCCCCUACUCUAAAUUCUAAUGCUUAACCACUUCCGUGAAAAUUGGUUUUUGUAUUGGGUAUGAACGUUUUUUUUUUUAAUAUUGAUUAUAUUAAAUGUGUUGUUAGCUAGUACUCAAUUAUCAAACAAUUAGCUUGUAUAACUCUAGGCUUGUUUUGUAAAUGCAACGCAGGAAAAAAAAUAAGAUGUAAACUUGUUCUAGGUUUUUUUCCAGCUGAAACAUUCUUCAAUCAUUUAGUACUAAAGCUUCCAGGUGGGUAUCGAUGAAUCAUUGGCUUUUUUAAAUUAAUUUUUAAUCAUGAGCAGAGAAGCCAUAUAAAAAAAGAUCUAGCCUGGCUCAUUGGUCACUAAUUCUGCCUUGCCUCUUUAUUACAUUUUCAGUUGUUUUAAUAUCUCUGGCAGCCAAUUUAUGUUGUGUUCAUUGUAUGCAACAUUGUUUGCAUCACUGAAGCUCGGUCUGUGGACCUGUCAAGCUCGGUCCUUCUAUGUUCAGAGUUGUCUAAAUACACUAAUGUAGUUUGGGGGGAUAUUAGGAAUGUGGGGGUACCGUUAGGGCUGAAAUUAUUUCAGUGAGUAAUCGGGACUAUUACUAUUUGGAAAUUUAGAUAUUUUCAUGGACCAAGCCUAUUUUUCUGUAUGUUAUCUUAUGUUAUAAUAAAGGAUAUGUGAAAGUAAGUUUGGUAUUUUGUCGUC